CUUUAUUUGAGUUUACCUGCAGGGAGAACGUGUUGCGGAGGGUGAAGCGGAUAUUGUGUUUAUUUUUUAUCUUAUUUAUAAAUAUAAACAGCAUUUUAUAACUAUAAUACAUUGGUCACGUGGAGACGGUGGAGACGAGAGUUUGCUGCAGUGUGUGUUGGUUGGUCUGUCAGCAGAAAUCCAGUGUGGAUUAUGUCUCUGCUGGAGGACAUCGUUGAUCUGCUCAGAUGUGUGCUGGAAUACUUUGGAGUGCCGGGCGACAUGCUGGUUCCAGUAUGGGACAGUACCCUGUGUGGACAGUACCGCAGCCUAGUCCGUAUGAUUGGGACAAACCUUCCUCUCUCUCCUUACCCCCGUCUGGGCUUUCAGAUUCCUCUGCAGACAUUCAAUAGACAUGGCCAUAUUGAUGUUUCAAUAGAUACUCCUGCUAUUCCCACCUUCGCCGAUGUGCUUUGGCUGGUGGAAGAUGAAGGGGAGAGCCACACUAAAUUCAGGAACGCUGCCCCACUUAAGAAAUACUGCAUACAGCAAGAUUUUGAGAUUCCUUCAGUCAGGUCUGAACGGUCAUUGCCAGUGUCCGUGCAUGCUGAGAGAGGAGGCAGGGUGCCGGGGCAGGGCGCCCAGCCAGAGGCCCUGCUGAAGAUCUCCGCUCUAGAGGAGGAACUACAGAGACUACGGGCACAGAUCGCAAUGAUAGUCACAGCUCCAGCAGGCCCCGCCCCUCUUUCAGCUGAUCUCAGCACCCCAUGCUCUACUCCUCUACGAACUCCCAUCCUCACUUCCACUCCGAUGUGUCCCCCUCCUCCACCACCUCCACUUCCUCCUCCGUCUGUGGGUAACUCCAGGGAGGUGUCUGUGAGAGAGGUAAUCCGACAGAGACAAGCAGCGAAACAAGAAAAGGCCGAACAGAUGGGGCCCUCUGUGGAUGCAGCACCUGCCGCGCUGCCCUCUAUGUUGGAGGUGCUGAGGGACCUGAAUCAGGUCAAACUCCGUACUGUGGAGAGGUCUCCAGGUGGAACACCAGUAAGAAGGCGGAGAAGUAAAGGCGUAACAUGCUCGUCUGACCCAGCGGCUCUCAUCGCUGAGGCACUGAAACGAAAGUUUGCACACAGACAGAGAGACGAUUCGUUCGGCAAAGAGAACCGAUCGACUGAACUCUCUCCAUUCGGCAGUCCUGACACACCCCGAAUCGUCCAUCACACCAGGCGCAGCCAGGGACGUAUUCACCUUUGACCCUUGACCUUAAAGUUGACCUGGAACACACUUGUGUUAUGGACUGCUGUGACCAAGGAAUCUUUCUCUCUGUGUCUCUCUUUUCUUGUCGUUUUUUUUCUUAAACUUCUCUCUUUUAAAUUUUAGUGUCUAAAUCUGGGCAUCUAUCGGAGAACACUGUGCACGUUUUAGAGCAUUUUUAUGCAGGGAUCGUACAUUUUUACAUGCUUUUUUAUUUUUAUUUAUACAUGUUAAUUGUGAUUGUCAAUGGUUAAUAGCAGCGUUGUUAUUAUGAGCAGCGAUACAGAAUGACAGUACUCAUGUUGUCAUAACCUUCCACAAUCAGCUUCUGUCAGUCACCUGGCACUCAGAUGCUCAUCUAUGCAAUACUGUACAGCUGCGCUUUUUUGUGUUUUUAUAUACUGAUAAUUUUACGAAGCUUGGUUCAACUAACAAAGGUUAUCUGAAUAACUGUUUGUGUAACAGUGAGCUUUACGUUUAAAGAUUAGAUUGAUGAUACCUGUUCUGCUGUUUUCAUCUUCUACAAAGUGCUAAUGAAGUCUCGCUUUCAAAAGCAAUAAACAAAGGCUAAGCUUUACAAAAUA